GGCGAGGCGAGCGCCUCUCGAUCGUCCUCGGGCGGGGCGAGAGGAGAUAGCGAGAGCGGAGGAGCGGGAGAUCGCCCUCCUGUCGGACUCAUCGCAAAGCGCCACGCGGCGUUCCUCGGCAUCAAGGGUGGCCGCCGCAGCAGCAUCCGCAGGCGACAGAGACGGGAGCGACGCGGUUCGUUCGCGUAACCCCCGUUCGUCGUCCUCCCCUUCUUUUCCUCGAAAAUUUCUACGAUUUCUCUCGCACCUCAUCUCUCUGCCUGAAAGAAAGAAAAUAGAUUCGAGGAGGAAGAUUAGAUCGAGAGAGGAAACCGCGUUCGAUUUUUGAUCGGGAAUUUUCACCAAAAGGUUUAUUAAUAGGUGUGAAUCCAUUAUUUCGGAAGACCGGGCACUAGGGCAGACGCCUGACGAUUAUCGCAAUCUUAAUCCGGCGCAUUCAGUCGUCGCCGGAGAUGGAACUCGGCGCUACCGCCGUCGCGGCGGCGGAUGAUUCUUCCCCUCGUGUCAAGUUACUAUGCAGCUUCGGCGGGAGCAUCCUUCCCCGCCCGCUCGACGGGCGGCUCCGCUACGUCGGCGGAGAGAACCGAAUUUUGACCGUUCCUCGCGACGUCUCGUACGAGGACCUCUUGGCUCGGAUCCGGGAGCUCUUCGAUGCGGUAUCCAUCAUCAAGUACCAGCAGCCUGAAGAGGACCUCGACGCCUUGGUUUCGGUCGUGAACGACGAUGACGUGAUGAACAUGAUGGAGGAGUAUGACAAGCUCAGCGCCACGGGUGAUGGCGUCAUGCGACUGAGGAUCUUCCUCUUCUCUCACUAUCCGGAUCUUGAUGUGGCUGGUGCCACUACUCACUUCGAUAAUGAUGAGCGGGAGACUGAGCGGAGGUACAUCGAUGCCCUCAACAGCCUCUCCGACAACAAGUCCCCGUCUCCCCCUGAUACCUCCGACCAUUACUUGGGGCAUCCAGGCAUCGACGGGGGAAUCCUCCACGGUCAACUUAAUUUGCAUCACAUUGCAAUCCCUCACCCAUCUCACGUGCAAAGGUAUGGUGAAAUGGAUGCUCCUUAUAGCCCUGCUUUUUUCUCCCCAGGACCGCAUGCUGUCAAUGAUCCACAGGAAUUCCCAUCUUCACCGUCGUCGGCAAUAUUUCACCUUGGGGCUGGGGAGUUAAGUGAUAGGAUUGCGGAUGAGUAUCUUAGGCAGGCAGGGGGACACCAACUAUGUCAGUUUGACCAUCAGUCUCCACCAACUAUGGAAAAUGUGAUGUGGCUUCCUGCAGGGGCCAUUAUUCAGGAAAACUCUGGAUUUCCAACUAAUUUGGCCCAUGCGCAAAAUAUGAUUGAGAGCAAUAGGAUCUGUGAGCAUUGCCAUAUGACUUUCCAGAGAAGCCACACGACUGUAUCAGAUGCACGUUUCGUUGACACACGCUGGAAGCAUGGACAGCCAUACAUGGAGCAACCAAACAUGAUGAAUGAAUAUGUGGGGCAAUUUCCAAAUUCAUCAGCUGAGUGUUUUGGUGGCAGGGAUCCAUGCAUGGUAAACCAAGACAUGAAGAUAGACCAUGGUAUCUGUGUCAAAGAACAGAAUGAGCCUCACCAUCCUUUCUAUAAUGAGUAUGACCAGGGACGGGCGAUACACAACCAUCAGUUUCCUCAGAGACUUGAAGAUUUGCGGAUCCAUCACAGCGGAACUGGGAGGGUGAAUGAGCACUACAUCAUUGAUGGCACUAUGAUGAAUGUUCCAUUUUCUCAUGGAAAUGUUAAUGAUGUCCAUUCAUUCCCUUCUAAUUGCAUUGGUCAUGACAAUGGGGAUUAUCUUCGACAUGGUACUAAUAUUGGAAAUGAAGCAUUGCUUUCUCAACAGACAGUUGGAGGUGGUACCGGCACAAAUGCACCUGGAUUUGAAGACACUGAAGUUCAAUAUCAUAAUCAGCCUUUGGCAUAUGGAGUAGAGAGUCCUUGCCAAGCCUCAAACAAUUUGCAUCCGAUUCAAUCUUUAUGGAGAAACAGACAGGCUCCUUCUCAUCCUGGAACAUCAUAUGAACCCUCCAACAUGAUGAUGCCAAAUGGUGCGCCUGAUUCAGGUUUUAUAAGAUAUAUGCAGGAGGGAAGUCCAACGUUGCCAUAUGUUCGGGUUGAGGACCAAAUUCCAAAUGCCCUGUCAAGCCAGAACAAUAGUAUUCCACAGAGGAUGCUUGGCCUCGAUGAAUCUGCUGCCUCAGAUUAUCUUAAUCGCUAUGGUCCUAGACAAAAUCCUAAUGUCACUGGUCAGGAUGGUAUGUUCUCAAUUGCACAUGAUUAUCCUGGUGAAAUUAAUGGUAAAGUUCCUACUGAAGCGGUACCUCUUGUGCACACACCUCCAUACCCCGUUGAGAAAGAACUGAUUGUUUCUUCUGCUUUCGCGAUCAACCAUCCCCCCGUAAUGGCUUCUAACCGAAGUGUCCAGUUGCAAGUUGCAGCAGAGAUAAAUUUGACCAUUGAUGGGCAGAAAAUAAGGCAUGAGGUUUCAAAGAAACCUGAUGAACACAGAAUCCUUUCUCCUACACGUAGACAAAAUCUAGAAUUUGCUAAAAAUGGACCGCAGCUUUCUGAAGUGGAAGGGCACCCAAGGAAAUCUGUUGAUGCUGACAUUAAUGUUUCUCAUAGAGAUCGCAAUAUGUCUGAGGAGAACUUGAAUUUCUUACCUGAGUUGAUUGCUUCUGUAAAGAAAGCAGUAUUAGAAGGUGCUGAGGAGGCUGUAGCCAAGGUCCAAUCAAAUUCUUGUUUAGAUAUUUAUUCUCCUCUCGUUGAGAAAGAAUCAUUAUGUGAACAUGAGAAUGCCUAUGCCGAUGUUCAACCUGACUCCAAAGCAAUUGAUGAACAUGAACAAAUUUGUAAAACUGACCCCAGGACAGAUGAAACAGAAGCUCUAACGAAAGGGUUACAGAAUUCAGAUGUUCAACUUGACCCGGAAGGAAAUAGCGAACAUGAUAAACUUUGUAAAAUUGAGCCCACAACAGCUGAAGCUGAAGCUUUGGCAAAAGGGUUGCAGACAAUAAAAAAUGAUGAUCUGGAAGAAAUUAGGGAGCUCGGUUCCGGCACAUUUGGUUCUGUCUACUAUGGCAAAUGGAGAGGUUCUGAUGUGGCUAUAAAAAGAAUAAAAGCUAGUUGUUUUGCAGGGAGGCCAUCCGAGAGAGAACGCCUGAUAGCAGAUUUCUGGAAAGAGGCUCUAAUAAUGAGUUGCUUACAUCAUCCCAACGUUGUUUCUUUUUAUGGUGUAGUUCGUGAUGGCCCUGGUGGCAGUUUAGCAACGGUAACAGAAUUUAUGGUCAAUGGAUCUCUUAAACAAUUUCUGCAAAAGAAGGACAGAACCAUUGACCGCCGUAAAAGACUAAUAAUAGCCAUGGACGUUGCAUUUGGGAUGGAGUAUUUGCAUGGAAAGAACAUAGUUCAUUUUGAUCUCAAGUGUGAGAAUUUAUUAGUUAACAUGCGAGAUCCACAUCGUCCUAUUUGUAAGAUUGGAGAUCUUGGUUUAUCAAAAGUAAAGCAGCAUACAUUGGUGUCAGGUGGUCUUCGGGGAACUUUACCAUGGAUGGCACCGGAACUUUUGAGUGGAAAAAGUAAUAUGGUGUCUGAAAAGAUUGACGUUUACUCAUUUGGAAUUGUGAUGUGGGAGCUGCUUACCGGGGAAGAGCCUUAUGCUGACAUGCGUUGUGCUUCGAUCAUAGGGGGCAUUGUGAACAACUCCAUACGACCUAAAAUUCCUUCCUGGUGUGAUCCUGAAUGGAAGUCCUUGAUGGAGAGUUGUUGGUCUUCUGAUCCGGCAUUGAGGCCAUCGUUCUCUGAGAUAUCGCAGAAGUUGAGAAAAAUGGCUGCAGCGAUAAAUUUGAAAUGAUGCGACAUUUCAACUGGAGUUCUUGGAGGAUGGAUCCUCGGGCUAUAAUCCCUCAAACUAUACCUUCAUAUCAUAGUGUACAGCGAUCUCUCUCAAACCAAGGACAUGAAGCUUGUCAAAAAUGUAAGCAAAAUUUUGCCUGCACACUCAUAAUUAUCACCAUGUAUCAACUUUUUUGCAAAGGGUGCUUCUUAGGAUGUAUAGUUUUCUUUGCAGGUUCCCAUCGUAUCGAGCAGCGGACAACCUUUACCCACCUCCCUAGUUGAGGGUGUGUCAUUUCGUGUGGCCCUUUGGGGUGGAUAUGAUAUGAAAUUUAUGUAAAUAAAUUUUUGUAGUCAUGCUACUGUUUAAUCCACACGUGGAUGAUGUCUUAAGCCUCGAUAAGCAAUUUUGUUGACGAGAUGUCGAUAAAUAAGGAAUGUCAUUCUGUGUAUCAGUCGAUGCUUAACAUAAGGAAUGUCAUUCGUGUAUAUCGGCCAAUGCUUAACAUGCCGAUGAAGAAACCACAAUCUUGUUCUUGCUUUGCUUUUUGAAUUGAUUUUUUGUCUAUCUA